AAGUUUAAGAUACAACUGACUUAACAUCGCUGACUGUGGACACUCGCUUGUUGAAAGACUUGUGGGAAGUCGACCGUCUUAUUUCGGGCAUUUGUGUAUUGAGAUUUGAGAAGAAGGAAUAAAUUGAGAAAAUGCCGGUGGACUUUACCGAUAAACAAGGAGGGAAGACAUACGGACAACUAAGGAAGAAACAAGAGGAUGCUCUGGACGAGAUCAAUAAGGAUUGUGUGGAUGGUGGCGACUAUAGCGAUGUUGAAGAUUUAGAGGAGAAAUUAGUGGCAUACAAAGCUAAGUUUAUGGAAUAUGAUCUGGACAACUCAGGAGAUAUAGACAUAAUGGAGUUGAAACAAAUGAUGGAAAAGCUAGGCCAAGCCAAGACCCACC